UUUAGACCCUCCUUCAAUAGCAACACUCAUUUGUAACAGUGUACAUAAGCUGUUUAUCUAACUUCAACUCACAAACUUGAGGGCUUCUGGUUUUCUUUUUUUACAGCUAAAGUUAACGAUAGUGGCUAGUGAGCGCUAGUCUUUGCUUGCUAAGACAGUCACCUUAAGAUGUCCUCCACUGGCAGUGCAGGGAAUGUUUUACAGCAGGUCAACCACUUUUGGUCCAUGCUGGAUGAUCUUUCUCAAAAUGACCCUGACGCCUACCGCAAGUUCAUUGAGAAACAGAUGAAGGAAGGAGCUGAGUUCAGCGCACCGCCUGAAGUCCACUCUUGUUUGUGCACUGAAAUAGUGGAGCCCAAGAAAGGGUCACUGUACAUCAACAUAUGCAGCUGGAAACGUGUACCUGCACCUCAGGAUCCCAGCAGGCCUAUACCCGUGUUUGCAGGAAACCUGGAAACAGACACAAAUGGAGGUGGGUACACUGUGUUGGAUGUGGCCUUAAACCCUGCAGUGCUACAGGAAAGUGAAAAAGACAAAACAGAAAUCUAUAUGCUGGUCCUGAGCUUUGCCCAGCAGCAGUAUGGGAUGAGGUUAUCUCAGGAGUACACUAUUGUCAGCUAGCCCAAAAGUAACUCCGAUGACUUGCACCACAGGCUUGGGUUUUGGCAGUGGCCUAACACCUCCAAACAACCAGACACAGCCAGUCAGACCCCAGUUGCCCUUCUGCAGCAGAUCUCCUCACUAUACUCAGAGAAACAAGACAAGGACACAGUCGACCAAAUUAUCUGUAGACCUGCGGAGCACAAAAAGGAGUUGAUCCAGGUCAUCUCCACCACAUUUGUGCAGCCUCAGAAGCCAGAGUACCAACUUGAGAUGAAGACUGAUACAGCAGGAGAUCCUCGCAGCGUGGAGUUGACAGUGGAGCUGCCAAGGGUUUGCUCCAUGUCAGAGUGCCAGCUGAGAAUCUCCAAGGAUGACGUCUUACUGGAAGUGGAGGAUGUCUACUACCUGCUUUUGGAAUUCCCAAAAACUGUAAAUGAAGACACUGCGUCAGCCAUCUUUAACAAGAAGAAACGAAGGCUUACUUUGAGAGUGGAUGUUUUCUGACCAUUUGCCUUAAUGGAGAAACAAAUGCACAUAGAGGUGAUCAGUACUGCUGGGAAUAGGCUUAAGAAACUGUGAGGCUUGGAUGAAAAUUCUGGUGACUGAAAAUACCUCAAAAUAAAUAACCAAAACAAACUAAA